AGGAAGGGGGGGAGGGAAAUAGAGCCAAACAAAACACCAACCGCCAUCCCCCCCCCAACAAGAAGUGACUUUCUGGAGGCUUCAAAUCAACAGGCACCACCAAAAAGAGAAAGCAAGAGAGGGAAGAAAACAACGGCGACCAGGCAGCCGCCUCCAGUUCUGACAACCCCAGAGGGACGCACUUUUAGAACUGGCUAGCAGGCUGGGGCUCUGUGGAGAGGGACCAGAAGGUGCCAACCGCAGAGGGGCGCAGACAUCUCCCCCAGCCUCCCACCCCAACCCCUUUGGAUUUUGUUCACCGUGCUGUCAUCUGUUUUUCAGACCCUUUUUUGCAUCUAACAUGGUGAAGAAAGGAGUGAAGAAUAGAACAAAGUAACUCCUGGGGGAGUGAAGAUCGCUCGUGACCAACACCACCACCGCCACCACCAGCUCCUGUUGCUGCGGCCACCCACGUCCACCAUCCACAGGGACACUCGAGAGCGCGGGGCAGCGGAUCCGAGCAAGGAGCGAGGAGAGGCAGCCGGCCCUUCCGAGGAGUUAUGGAUGUUGGUGCACUCACUUCUGGCCAAAUCCGCGCCCAGAGGGAGCUAACCAGCGGCCGCCACUUCCAGCUGUCUCCUUGCCUCGCACCAGGUCUUACCCUUCCAGUAUGUUCCUUCUGAUGAGACAAUUUCCAGCGCCGAGAGUUUCAGUACAAUGUGGAAAUGGAUACUGACACAUUGUGCCUCAGCCUUUCCCCACCUGCCCGGCUGCUGCUGCUGCUUCUUGUUGCUCUUCUUGGUGUCUUCCCUCUCUGUCACCUGCCAAGCCCUUGGUCAGGACAUGGUGUCACCAGAGGCCACCAACUCCUCUUCUUCCUCCUCCUCCUCUUCCUCCUCGUUCUCCUCUCCUUCCAGUGCGGGGAGGCACGUGCGGAGCUACAAUCACCUCCAAGGAGAUGUCCGCUGGAGAAAGCUCUUCUCUUUCACCAAGUACUUUCUCAAGAUUGAGAAGAACGGGAAGGUCAGCGGUACCAAGAAGGAGAACUGCCCGUACAGUAUCUUGGAAAUAACUUCAGUGGAAAUAGGAGUUGUUGCCGUCAAAGCCAUUAACAGCAACUAUUAUUUAGCCAUGAACAAGAAGGGGAAACUCUAUGGUUCAAAAGAAUUUAACAAUGACUGUAAGCUGAAGGAGAGGAUAGAGGAAAAUGGAUACAAUACCUAUGCAUCCUUUAACUGGCAGCACAACGGGAGGCAAAUGUAUGUGGCGUUGAAUGGAAAAGGAGCUCCCAGGAGAGGACAGAAAACACGAAGGAAAAACACCUCAGCUCAUUUUCUUCCAAUGGUGGUACACUCAUAGAGGAAGGCAGUGUUUGUGGAUGCAGUUGAACCAAAGGCUCCUGUGCCAGGAAUAGUUGGUAUCCUUCAUGAAGACAGUAGCUCAAUGGCGAAGAUACAUUGCAGAUAUCUGCUUGCUUGAAAGAAAGGAAGUCUUUGAAAGUUUUUGUACUCACUGCUGACAUAUGAUGUUCUUUUCAUUAGUUCUGUGUCAUGCCUUAAAAUUGAGGUACAGGCAGAUCAAAUGGCAUGGAAGUUAUGCCUAAGCGAACAACAUUGUAGCUGGGUUUUGGGUUAAGUUUUGGUUUAUGUUUUUGUUUUUCAACCUCUGAGAUAGAACUUAAAAGACACAGAACAAUCUGUUGAACGAUCUUUGGGAAAGUUAUUUAUGGCAUACGAACUCAUAUCAAAGACUUUCAUUGCUCAUUCAAGCCUAAUGAUUCAAUGAGCAGUCAGACACGCAAGCAUUUACUGGAAAGCACUUGGGUCAUAUAUGCACCACCAAAGGAGUUUUGGGUGUGGCAUCGUGGAAGAAUUGGAUAGGAUUAAAAAAUGUAAACAUGUUAGUGUAAAACUAUUCUAACAAAACAAAUAGUAUGAUAUGCUUGUGCAUUCUGCCUUCAUCCCUCUCUAUUUCUUUCUAAGUUAUUUAUUUAAUAGGAUGUUAAAUAUCUUUUGGGGUUUUAAAGAGUAUCCUCAGCAGCUACCCUCUAAUUGACCUUUUCUUUUUCUUCAGCACACUACAUGCAUGUUCAUGACAAAGUGUUUUUAAAACUUGGCAAACACCUCAAGAAUAGGAGGCGAGAUUAGGGAAGCAGUGUGAGUGCCCCACGUGCUAGCUGUUGACUUAAUUUGCACUUCUGCAAUAGAACCGUCAACAAUAAAUAUGGCAGUGCUGUGCCCUGGCUUGAGUGAGAGAUGUCUGCCAUCAUUUAAAAACAUACAUCACUCCUAAGGCUUCCUUUCCUAAGAAAUAGAUCAGAAGGCCAAAUUCUUCUCUUUCAAUACAUCACUGGGUCUCCAAGAAUUUACUAAAAGAAGGAAAAAUAAUUGUUAAACACAUCUUAGUAGCCUAGCCUCAUUAUUUACUAACGGUUUUUUGCCAUAUGUCACAGUGGUAAGUGAUGAAGAGGCUGUGUGCAUAUAUAAGAACGCUUUAUAAGUCCCACAGAGAGCAUCUCCCCCAAAGGAAUUAUCAAGGAAUUUGUAUGAAGUACAACCCUCCCAGGGGCUUAAACUGAGCAAAUAUAUCCUGGUAUAUGUGUAACCAUAUACUGAAACCUGUUCAAGCUGUAUGAUGUAGUCUUUACAAAACCAAAUAAAACUUAUUUUCUGUAAAUGUCAAGAGCUUUGGAAGUUUACAUAGUAGAACCAUAUCGAAAUUCAUUUUGUUAGAGCAGGUAUAGAAAACAGUACAUAGAGUGUACCAGUCAUCUUCAUAUUGUAUUCCACUAAAUAAAUACAUAAGCCUUAUUUGCAGUGUCUGUAGUGAUA